AGUCGCGAUGAGCCAGCUGCAGCUGCUUGGUUUUCUGAUUGCCGUACUAAAAAUCAGCCAUAUAAGUGCCCAAAACCUGCCAUAUAUCCAGUGUCCGAUGAUAUUUCGGUAUCUGGAGUACGAGAAUCAGUUCAUAGGACACUUGAAGCUAGUUCUGGAUAGUACGAUUACGGACAACGUGGUGCGUGUUGAACUCUCCCAGCCUGGCAGAGGCACACCGUCGUCUCCGGGCAGUCUUAACUUCGUGGAGGAUCAGGACUCGCUGAGGUAUCGCUUGGCUAACAAUGAGCCCAUCAACUACAGAAUUGACUUUCCCACGCCGGGCGUGGUGCCCAAACUCACAAAGGUUUCGGUGAAUGGAGAAGUUGUGUGCGAGGCCAGGCCCUUUGGAGCUCCAAGCUCAAGGCUAUCUCUGUCGCGAACUCUGGGAACUUCGGUGCCGUUGUCCGCCAUUCCGCCUUCUCAGCGGACUGAUCACCAAUGGCCCCAGGCCCCUCAGAGGAACUACACAGUAUAUGAGGAGGAGGAGGAGGCUACUCAAAGACGCCGCCCACAACCACCUAUUCCAAGGCCACGGCCACAACAGCCUCCGCCAAGUCAGCGUCCGCGUCCGCAACCCGUGCCUCAAUUGCCACAUGAACAAGAGUUCCAGACCUCAGCCAGACCUCCAGUUCGACCAUCGACGGGCUCGCAAGUAUCCAAGUCCUAUCCCCAGACAAUCGGUCAACUGAGCGGCAUCUGUGGGCGCGAGAAGGUCAUCCAGACACCCUUCAUCCACAACGGCAUUGAGGUGGAGCGUGGUCAGCUGCCCUGGAUGGCAGCUCUUUUCGAGCACGUGGGCAGGGAUUACAACUUCUUGUGCGGCGGAACGCUGAUCUCGGCCAGAACAGUGAUCUCGGCGGCCCACUGCUUCCGCUUUGGCAGCCGGAACUUGCCGGGCGAACGGACUAUUGUUUCGCUGGGGCGGAACUCCUUGGACCUCUUCUCAUCGGGAGCCACAGUAGGUGUGUCGCGACUUUUAAUCCACGAACAGUACAAUCCCAAUGUAUAUACCGACGCGGACUUGGCCCUGCUGCAGUUGUCUAAUCAUGUUGAUAUUGGAGACUACAUCAAGCCCAUCUGUUUGUGGAAUGAGAACUUUCUGCUCGAACUGCCCUCGGGUCACAAGUCCUAUGUGGCUGGUUGGGGCGAGGACGAAAAGGGCAACCGAAACACGCGACUGGCCAAGAUGACCGACACGGACAUCAUCACCCAGUGGGAAUGCCGUGGAAAUCUGUCCGAGGAGAACGCCAAGUUCAUCACCUCGCACACGAUCUGCGCCAGCAAUGCCCAGGCAUCCGGUCCCUGCAGCGGAGACUCCGGCGGAGGACUGAUGCUCCAGGAGGAGGACAUCUGGAUGCUGCGCGGCGUCGUCUCAGCCGGACAGCGAAUGACCAACAGAUGCAAUCUGACACUGCCCGUCAUCUAUACGGAUGUGGCCAAGCACAUCGAGUGGCUGGUCAGGAGCAUGUGGUUUUGAGAGAUUCUCCAAGAGAUUAGUUGAAUUGAGUGCCAAAAUAAAUUAUAAAAUAGUUUGUAAA